GCCAGACUCAGGAAGACACAAAAUCCUAUCGAAUUCAUUCCGGUUUGAUUUAUAGUGAAAGUCACUACACCAAUCACACUCGCUUAUGUAAUACUGUGUUCUAGUCGAUGUACAACCUGCAUCGUUGUGUAGCUUAAACCAAGAUUAAUCCUACCACCACUUCACAGCAGAUAUCCUACAUCUGCUAUGGCAUUCAAACGACCUCGCGCAAACUCCCCGACUGCCCCAUACAAACGUACCCGCGGUGAGGGUCAAUCUGGAUAUGUUCUACUCGGUACAGAGCUCCCACCGGACAAGGACAGCGACGAUGGGGCAUUUGUGCCGGAAUGGAAACAGACGGUAACCGACGAACGGGGUCGCCGUAGACUUCACGGUGCCUUCACUGGAGGCUUCAGCGCAGGAUACUUCAAUACAGUUGGAUCUAAAGAAGGAUGGGCACCCAGUGCCUUUGUUUCCUCGCGUACGAAUCGCAAAGCCGAUGCUGCCCAGCGAGCCGAAGAUUUCAUGGACGAAGAAGAUCUGGCUGAAGCUGCCCAAUCCCGCGAGCUCGAGACGGCGCAAUCUGCUGCUGCUAUUGGCCGUGUUGGCGAACAGGAGAAUGAUGCCUUCUUCGGACUAUUCGUGACCGAGGAAGAAACUAUGGGCAUCAAAAUAGCACAGAAAAUGGGCUGGCGGCGCAAUCAGGGUAUUGGGCGCAAGAUACGUCGGAUUGUCCAUCUGGAAGAUGACGGAAGAUCGGCUUCGAAAGACGGCUCGUCCUCAAAUACAUUUGCUCCUACAGAUUCUCGAGUCAUGGCGGCUGCUCCGCAGGACAUCAAUCGAAAAGGCUUGGGGUAUCAAUCGGAGGCUCGACUGGGUACGAUCGAGGCGAAAGAGACUAGAGACCGUCCAAUGCUAGCCCUCUCCUUUCUAGAAACUCCCAAGAAGCAGCCACUGAAGAAGAUAGCACAAAAGAAGUCGUCUUUUGGGGUGGGAGUCUUGAACGAUACCGGAUCCGACGAUGAAGAUCCAUAUGAGCUGGGGCCCAAAAUCACGUUCAACAAAACCCUGGGCAAGGAAAAGAAAGCCAAAAAGACUAGUAAACUCGCGAAAGCGGGUGGCAGUGAUGCGCAUGUCUAUAUCAAGAAGGCUACGAGCAAAGCUGCCCCCAGGACCACGUAUGACGGAAGGCCUCCGCUGAGAGGGUUCAUCCUGGCUGUCGAAGCUAUAGAUCUAACAAACAAACGUAAAUACCCUCCACCAUCAAUACCCCCUGGAUGGAAGUCUGCCAAGUCCGGAGCGUCAACUGCAGCUACAGACAGUUAUACUUCAGUUGCAGACGCCGCGAAAGCUUCGACACUUGAUGCGAAAGCACGAGCAUCGCUCUUGGGCGAGACUCUUCUGCCGGGCAAAUCUGUCUUCGACUUCCUGUCGAAAGAAGCCCGAGAUCGACUCGCAAAUCUCACCGGCAAAAGCGAUCUUCCGCAAGGGUUGGGAGAAGCCGCUCCCAAGGGACAUGCAUCUACAGAGAAAAACCAGCCCAAGGAUCUUUGGUCUUUUGUCCCGGUACUUGACAAAACAACUGCUGCUGGUGCUCUUUCAAGUGGGGCAACUGGAUGGAUGCCCUAUGGCGAGGAUUUGAAGAAGCGCGCAAGAUAUGUUACAUUCCUAGAGCUGCGUUCAGGCAAGAGAAGUGAGCUUCCGGAGCGACCCAACAAUAUGUCAAUAUCCGAAUGGGCCAAAGAGCUGGAAGGCUUUGCGCAAGCGGCCAUUGCUUUUCGACCAGCCACAGGGCUCAUGGCCUCGCGCUUCACCUCUUCAACGUCGUCCAGCCAUCCCGGUAGUGGGGACCGUGACAAAGCUAGUGAAACCCUUCUGCGCAAACCUGCUCCAAAACCGGAGGACCCAGCAGAACAAGCGGCCAAGCUCGGGAUGUACGGCGCUAUGACACGACAGAAAAUACCUUUCCACCCGUCGGCACUUCUCUGCAAGCGCUUCGGGGUAGCAGUGCCUCCUCUGAUGCCGCAUGAUUCCGAAUUCGGGAAUGCUGAACACAUGUCCAAGAGCAAGACUGGGGAGCUUGUUAAUGAGGCUGCAAUGAACAAGAUCAAGCAGGAGGUGAUGUUCCGUGGUGCGUCAAUGAUGCAGCGCCCUGCAUGGAUGAAUGAAGCACCCAAAGAGCCGCGCGCGGGAGAUGUUCCGCCGCGUUCUGGGGAAGUCGCAGCAAAGCAGGAUCAACAACAACACGCAACGGUGGAUAUCGAGAAGAAUGAGGUUCUGGCGCGAGGACGUGCGUCUGAAGAUGUGUUCAAGGCUAUCUUUGGGGAUGAUGACGACGACGAUGAUGAAGAAGAUGAAGCGUGA